ACAGUGAGGACGCGGAAAGCCAGUUGACGCAGUAACGCACAAUAUGGGGCAGCCUCGCCGACUCCGCCCGCAUCGUCACCCGCAGCAUGACCCACACUCCUUUUGGGCCUUCAAAUGGCCGCCUCCACCGCUGCCAGCUCCUCCGCCAGCGCCGCCGGCGCCGCCGCCACCAUCUCCAGAGCCGCCCGCGCCUCCGCCUCCACCGUGCCGGACAAGGCUCGAGCCGGCCUGCACAACGCCCUGUGGUAGCGCCGCUGGCGAAUCCUUCUCCAGCGCCAUCGACACUCUGCCCGCGGCGGCGCCCGCCGACUCCUGCUUCAGCUGCGUCUCUCUGCCGCUCUUCGGCUCGUGGGCGGAGGAGCCCUAUGCGGGCUGGUGCCACCGCAGGCCGUCUGGGUGGCCGACAUGGCGCGCGGACGGCUGGGUGCGCGACAAGUGCUGCGCGCUCGUCCCUUGCUGGACGUGCGAGGGCAUCCGGAGAUACCAGCACGCGCUCGUGCAGCCGCGCGCGCCGCCGCCGCCGCCUCCCCAGUGGCCGGCAGGAGUUGACGAGGGCGAGGAGGGCGAGGAGGGCGAGGAGGGCGAGGAGGGCGAGGAGGGCGAGGAGGGCGGAGCCGAGGCAGACGACGAGGGUGCGGGCGAAGGGGAUGAGGGCGAGGGCGAGGGCGACGAGGGCGAGGGACGGUCGCCUGCGCCUCGGACGCCGCCGCCUCCGCCUCCGCCGCAGCUUCUGCCGCGCCUCGGGCCAGGUAGGCUGCCGCCGUCCCCGCAGGCACGCGUGGUCAUGCGACUCCUGAAUUCCUCCCUCUUCGCCCUCGCCUUUGUGGUGGCGUGCGUCGCCCAGUGCGUCUGGGCGAGGCGCAAGAGACGGCGCGGCGACUCGCGCACUCCGGGACCUCGCCCCCACCGCCUUGGUCUGCCGCUGGGUCCGAUCCUACCCGCGCGGAGGGCCAAGGGGUUUGAGCUUGUCCGGGAAGGAACGGCCCCAGAACCACACAUAGACGUGGCGGCGGCUUGACGAAAUUCAUCUCAAUC